CAUUCAUGUUAACAUGAUAUUGAGAGAUCAGAUGGAGAAUGUUUCUUCCCCAAACCCUACCCCUCCAAAAUCCAAACAAACCUAUAGUUUAGAGCGUUAUCUAAAAGUUUCAAUGGAGGAUGAUACUUGGAGCUUUGUCUUCUCAGUUUCAUCUAGGAGCUAUCAAUCCACUCUUAAAUCCCAUAGUGCAGAUCUUUGUAUUGAUUUUGAAGAGAAUGAAGAAGAUGAUGAAUUGAUGACGGAAUACCCCUGCCCAUACUGUUCGGAGGAUUUUUAUUUACUUGGAUUGUGCUGCCAUAUCGACGAGGAGCAUCAUCUUGAAGCUGGGUAUGGGGUAUUCCCCGUUUGUGCUCAGAGAGUGGGUAUGAACAUGGUUAACCACAUAACAACACAACACGGGAAUAUUUUCAAGAGUAACCACAAAGUAAAUUUUCAUAAAGGCGACUCUUUGUCACCUCUUUCUUCCUUGAGGAAGGAAUUGCAUGAUGCGCAUUAUCAAUCUCUUCUUUCCAGGUCAUGGUCUUCACUUUCUUCCUCCAAUACAGGGCCCGAUCCGUUGCUUUCAUUUCUUUACAGUGCACCUCCUGCGGAUUCAUCCGUUGCUUUCAUUUUUGUUUUCUGACUGAACAGCCUCAACACAUGGAAUCUCUUUUACAGAAAGUUGCAGAUGGUGUUGUACCUGGGGUAAUAAUAUUUCGAAUGCUAAAAUAGAUAGUCGAGAACGGACUUGAAGUGCUGGUCAAUAAGGAUGUUUGGCAACACUGCUUAUUUACACAUAUCUGUGGGUUUUAUCUAUAUGCUCAAAGCUCUAAGUAUGUAGAAACAAAGUGCAUUAUUGUAUAUAGAUAAUGAUUAUAUGUUCUUUCUCAAUGUCGUAUUUUCUUUGUUUUCUUUGACUAA